AGGACGAUGACGUCAUUUAAAAUGUCAACUCUACAAAAACACACGACUUGUCGAAAUAGACGAUAGAUUUGAAACGCCGGAAAGUUAAACAGUAUCAUUAUUUUUCUGGGAACCGGAAACGGUAGAACAGGAGGAUAAUGUCUGUUGUGUUGGCGAUAAUAACAGCUGCUGUUACAGCAUAUGUACUUAUUUACUAUAACGUGUUUAGAGGAGCCCGGUGUAGAAGUACCGUGAUGCUGAAAGGGAAGACAGCUGUAGUCACUGGUGCUAACACUGGCAUUGGGAAGGCAACAGCCCUGGAUUUGGCCAGACGAGGAGCCAGGGUUAUUCUGGCCUGCCGGAACAAGGAGAAAGCCGAGGCGGCUGUGUAUGACAUCAGAAGGGAAAGUGGUAACACAGCUGUUCUGUUCAUGCAUCUGGACUUGGCCAGCCUUAAGUCUGUGCGCGAUUUUGCUGAGACAUUUCUCAAGACUGAGCCCAGACUGGACCUGCUCAUCAACAAUGCAGGACUGAUGCUAGCAGGCAGAACUGAGGAUGGCUUUGGCAUGAUGUUCGGGGUUAACCACCUGGGCCACUUUCUUCUGACUCUGUUGCUGCUGGAUCGGCUGAAGGCAUCAGGGCAGAGUCGAAUCAUCAACGUGUCAUCCAAACUGCAUCGGAUGGGCUCUGUGGACUUUAACACUCUCAACACACACAAGGAUGUGGUGACAGGGCAGUCACUGUGGCACUGCUUCAUGGCCUACUGCCAUAGCAAACUUUGUAAUGUGCUGUUUACCCGAGAGUUGGCCAACCGUCUGGAGGGGAGCAGUGUGACCUGCUAUAGCCUGCAUCCUGGAGUAGUAGCUACAGAAAUUGGCCGCAAUAUAAAUUUGUGCAUGAGGCUGCUGCAGAUGAUCUUCUCCAAGCUCUUCUUUCUGACGCCAGAAGGCGGAGCUCAGACCACGCUGCAUUGUGCUCUCCAGGAGGGCUUGGAGCCUCUGAGUGGCCGAUACUUCACCUCUUGCACCCUCCACGAAGUCAGUGACAUGGCCCGAGACGAUGGGCUGGCCAAAAAGCUGUGGGAAGUGAGCGAGAGGAUGUGUGGCCUGUCGUGAGAGAGAGGUAUGAGGGGCACAGAAGAAUGUCAGGAGAGAAAAUGACACCAAAUUCCUUAUGUGCAGCAGUUUCACAGGGGUUUACUUUAUGACCACUGGGUGCCUAGUGCCAGUGUAGUGAUGUUGUGUGAUCAUAAAUUAGACUGUACUUAUACAUUCCACUGACACUGUUUGGUCAGCGGAAGUGAGAUUGAUAUAUCAUUAAUCACUGUUAUUAUAUUCCAGUUCGUAGUGUUAAAUGUUCUUACUAUUGGAAUAUAUUGUAAUUUGUCACUAUAACAGGAAUUCCUGUGAACGGGAAUAUGUAAUUGGAAAAUUAAGAGAUGAACAUUUGCUCAUAAAUGGAAUAACAAAAAUGUCAUAACAUGAUAAUCAUGUAAUAUCAAAAUAAUGCUAACUUUAUGAAUAAAGUUUGGAGAAAUGGUCAUGAUACGCGGUACAUAUAGUGAUAUUUAGGUUUGCUAACAGUGCCAGUGCCUUUUCCUAACAAAGAAAAGAAGGGAAAAUAAAACAAUAGGUAUACACACUCACCGUCCAUUUUAAUAGGAACACCUGUACACCUGCUCUUAUAUAGUGUUAUCAAAUCAGCCAAUCACGUGGCAGCAGCAUAAAGCAUAAAAUCAUGCAGUUACGGGUCAAGAGCUUCGGUUAGUGUUCACAUCAAAUAUGAGAAUGGGGAAAAAGUAUGAUCUCUGUGUAACCGUGGCAUGGUUGUUGGUGCCAGAUUGGCUGGCACCCCAAUCCUGGGAUUUUGAGUUUACACAGAAUGGAGUGAGUGACUGUUCUGUGGGUAGAAAUGCCUUGUUGAUGAGAGAGGUCAGAGGAAAUUGGGCAGAUUGGUUCGAGCUAUCAGGAAAGAUAUAGUAACUCUUUAUAACCAUGGUGAGCAGAAAAUGAUCUCAGCAUGCACAAUACAUCAAACCUUGAGAGUCACCCAAAGGCUCUUUGAAAAUGGACAGUUGAAAAUUAGGAAAAAAAAAUCACCUGGUCCUUUUCCAGGGUUCAACUGUCCAGUUUGGGUGAGUCUGUGCCCAUGAGAGCCUCAGAUUCCUGUUUUUGGCUGACAGGAGUGGAACCUGAUGUGGUCUUCUGCAGUUGUAGCCCACCCACCUCAAGAUUUGAUGCGUUGUGUGUUCUGAGAUGCUUUUCUGCUCACCACGGUUGUAAAGAGUGAUUAUUUACUGUAGAGUUACUGUAGACUUCCUGUCAGUUCAGACCAGUCUGGUCAUACUCCUCUGAUCUCUCUCAUCAACAAGGUGUUUCAGCCUGCAGAGGGCACACAGGAUGUUUUUUGUUUUUUUGCACCAUUCUGUGUAAACUCUAGAGACUAUUGUGUGUGAAAAUCCCAGGAGAUCAGCAGUUUUUGAAAUUCUCAAACCAGCCCAUCUGGCACUAACAACCAUGCUACGGUCAAAGUCACAGAGAUGACAUUUUUCCCCAUUCUGAUGUUUGAUGUGAACAAUAACCAAAGCUCUUGAACUGUAUCAGCAUGAUUUUAUGCAUUGCACAGCUGGCACAUGAUUGACUGAUUGAAUAACUGCAUAAAUGAGAAGGUGUACAGGUGUUCCUUUUAAAGUCACCAGUGUGUGUGUACAUAUAUGCAAUAUAUAAUGUCUCAGAGAAGUGUAUGUUUAUUACAAUAUCAGUAUUCUAUCUGUCUCUGUAUCACAAUAUCAGUUUUAUAGCUUCAUAUCUCCCAGUCUUGUGCUAUCAGAUGCAUUGUAUUGGGAGCUCCUGUUGCUGUACCUGCUCAGUUUUCUUCACUAGGUGGCAGUAGUGUGCCACUGAACCACUCCAGACCUACCCUCCUUAUAAGCAUGAGCGAGAGGGCAACAUAACCCUAACUAAAAAGACAUCUGUCAAGAUGACAGCCAUCGGGAUAUGGUGCUGCAAAGCUUUAGAGAACAUUGCGAAUUUGAAAUCAUUUCCUGUCAUUUUGGAAUUGUGUUGUAUUCCUAAUCAGUUACGUUUUUACAGCCUCGUCUGCUAUUCACUGACCUUCCUUUCAUUUCCUGAAAGGGCUCCUUGACCAGACCAGACCUAAACAGAAAUAACAUUUUAAACCGUCACACAAGGUGUGCUGUGAUGAUCAGCUUUGCCUGGGUAUUGCGUCCAGGUGUUCAUAGUGUGGUUGGGAUCGCUACAGAGAGAGCCAAGACUCAAGGCUGCCAGGAGGUCGAUGAGAGUGAAGCUAUAUGGAGUGAAAGCCUUUCUCAGGCUCGUGCUUGUCGUAUGAUUAGGCUGUUGCUUAUGGACGGUACUUUUAUACAUAGAAAUGAUUUUAGCAUGCACAAUUGACUGAGCCAUUGACUGAUAUUGUACGCUUGGUGCCGUGUUCCACUCUCUAAUGCACUCUUUUGACUCUUUGGCCUUUCACAGCAUUCUGUAGAGAGACAGAGACUGUGCUGAUGAGUUAGAAGACCUUGAAAAUCUUUCAGUGCUCUCGUUCAUCGUUAAAAAAUACUAGACACUUAUACUAGGGGUGGGUAAUAUGCUACUAAUAUCAUAUUACGAUUCUCAGACAUUUCUAGGAUACACGAUGUGCAUCAUGAUGUUUAGGUGUGUGAACAAUUGCUAGCAAUACAGUAGUACUGCAUUUACAAAAAAAAAAACCUGUUUGAUGAUCUUUAAUAUUGACUAUUUUAAAUAUUUUUCUAUAGUUUUUAUUGUAAUUUUUUUUUAUAUUGAAUAAACAAAUAAAUAAACAACGAACACUGAAAAGAUGGAAUUUAGAUGGAAAAUACAAAACUUUGAACUGAUAUCACUUUUAAUGAGUACUUCACUAAAAUCUUAAAAUACUGUUUGAUCAUUUAUGUUAUUUAGUCAAGGAAUAUUUGGGAAAACUGACACUAAAUAUAAUGCUAUAAAUAAAAUAUUUGUGUCCUCUUUAUUUUGUCCUAAGGGUAUGCAAAUUUGUUUUUUCCACUGUAAACGUCACAAUAUAUAAUAAACAAUAAGACAUUGCUUAA